AUGAACAACAAGUGGAGCGACGAGAAACAAGAAACGCCGAAGGAGAUAUGUGGCCUGAAAGAUCAGCUGCAUGAAUCUCAGGCUAAACAUGGCCAAUCUCAUGUAAAGUUGGAGCAAGUGAAGGGAGAGAAAGAGGCCCUUCAAAAUGAAGUGGAGGCUAAGAAGAUGGAGCUCUGUGCUGUAAGGAAGAUGAUUGCAGUGGCUAAAACCAACGUGGAGUUGGAGUUGGAGAGCUAUCUGGAAAUUGAGACGGCUCAAACACAGAAACUGCGCAUUGAAUUGAGAAAGAUGGCUGAAGCUCUCAAAAAUCAGGCUUUCCAUCAAGCUCAGAUGAACGAAGCACGGGACCUGCUGGAGACUGAGCGUCUCCGCCCUCAUCAGAAAGCUACCACCGAAGAGGAGAUGGAGACAUUCAGAGACUUCUGUCAGGCUAAAGUGGAUGAACAGAUCGAUAUUAGCAGUAAGCUCAAGGCUGCUCUUGACAAGACUGAGCAACAGCUGAAGACCGUUCAUCUCCAGUGGCAACAGGAGAAGUUUUUCCUCACAACACAGCAGCAGAAAAACGGGGACUACCUUCAAUCCCAGGUGCAUCUGAUAGCUUCCUUUCGGGCACAAGAGCAGGAAGCAUUAAAGCAGACGCUGGAAAGACCUCAAGCUUUCCAUCAAGCUCAGAUGAACCAACAGAGAGCGGAGACUAACAGGAUCGCAGCAGCUCUGAAAGAAGCACAGGACCUGCUGGAGACUGAGCGUCUCCACUCUCAUCAGAAAACCAUCACCCAGGAGGAGAUGGAGAUAUACAAGACCUUCUGUCAGGCUACAUUUGAUGAACAUGUAGCCAUCAAUGGUAAGUUCAAGGCUGCUCUUCAUAAGGCUGAACAAGAGCUGAAGAAUGGACAUCUACAGUGGCAAAAAGAGAAGUCUUCUCUCACAGCACAGCUGGUUGAAGCGCAAGCAGAGACCAGGAAGACUGCAGAAGCCCUGAAAGAGGCAAAGGACCUGCUGGAGACUGAGCGCCUCCACUCUCAGCAGAAAACUACCACCCAGGAGGAGAUGGAGACGUCCAGAGCAUCCUGUCUGGCUGAACUGGAUGAGCAGAAAAAAGAUAUUAGUAAGCUCAAGGCUGCUCUGGAGAAGGCUGAACAGGAGCUGAAGACUGGAACUCUGCAGUGGGAAGAGGAGAAGUCCUCCCUCAUUGCACAGCUGGAAACAGACUGGGACAAUAACAAUGACCAGCUGAAAACCAUAGCUUCUCUUCAAGCACAGGAGGAGGAGGCUAAGCAGACGCUGGAGAGAUUCCAGUCAGCCCAUCAAGCCCAGCUGGAGGAACAGAGGGCGGAGAACAGCAAGAUCUUAGAAGAUCUGAAAAAGACAGAAGAUCUGCUGAAAACUGAGCGUCUCCGCUUUCAGGAACAGUCAACCCUCACGGCACAGCUGGAAACAUCCCAGAGCAACUAUCUUGCACAGCUGGAGACGCAGGACAAAGACAGCAAGAACCUCAUGGCUACUCUCCAGAAGAAAUCUGAAGAUCAACUGGAUAGUGAACGUCUUCUAUGGCAGCAGGAGAAAGCUUCCCUGCUGAAGGACAGGCUGAGAAAGAAAGCCUCCUCUGAGGUUCAGCUUGAGCACCAGAAAAAGAAAAACAACAACCUCUUGGCUGCUGUGAUGAAGACUGAGCAGCAGUUGAAGAGUUGUAGCAUUGAGUGGCAGCAGAAGAAGUCUUCCCUCACAGCCAAGCAGGAAAAAACCUGCAGGGACCUCUAUGCUGCCCAGCUGAUCGUAGCUUCUCUUCAAAAACAGGAGGAGGAGGCUACACAGAAGUUAGAAACAUCCCAGGCUUCCCAUCAAGCCCAGCUGGAGGAACAGAGAGCGGAGACAAACAGGAUCGCAGCAGCUCUGAAAAAGACAGAAGAUCUGUUAGAAACUGAGCGUCUCCGCUUUCAGGAACAGUCAACCCUCACGACACAGCUGGAAACAUCCCAGAAUAACUAUCUUGCCAAGCUGGAGAUGCAAUACAAAGACAACAAAAACCUCAUGGCUACUCUCAAAAACAAAUUUGAAGAUCAGCUAGAGAGAGAACAUCUCCUUUGGCAGCAGGAAAAAUCUUCCUUUGGAGUUCAGCUCGACCAUCAAGAAAAGAAAAACAACGACUUCUUGGCUGCUGUGAUGGAGGCUGAGCAGCAGAUGAAGAGUCAAAACAUCCAGCAGACGCUGCAGGAGAAGGAACAGGAGCGGCAGACGACCGAGAGCUCCUUGAAGUCCCAGCUCGAAGAUCUUCAGAGCCAGAUCACCAUCAAGCAGAUGAGGAAGAAGUGUUCACUCGAGGAACAAGUCAGAAGUGAACUGAAGGACAGCGAGGCGAGGCUCACCAAGACUGAAUCAGAGGGGAGAGUCCUCCUAGACAUCGAUGAGGACUCGCUGCAACAUUUUCUUGAUCAUGUCCAAGAAAAGAACAUGAACAACAAGUGGAGCGACGAGAAACAAGAAACGCCGAAGGAGAUAUGUGGCCUGAAAGAUCAGCUGCAUGAAUCUCAGGCUAAACAUGGCCAAUCUCAUGUAAAGUUGGAGCAAGUGAAGGGAGAGAAAGAGGCCCUUCAAAAUGAAGUGGAGGCUAAGAAGAUGGAGCUCUGUGCUGUAAGGAAGAUGAUUGCAGUGGCUAAAACCAACGUGGAGUUGGAGUUGGAGAGCUAUCUGGAAAUUGAGACGGCUCAAACACAGAAACUGCGCAUUGAAUUGAGAAAGAUGGCUGAAGCUCUCAAAAAUCAGGCUUUCCAUCAAGCUCAGAUGAACGAAGCACGGGACCUGCUGGAGACUGAGCGUCUCCGCCCUCAUCAGAAAGCUACCACCGAAGAGGAGAUGGAGACAUUCAGAGACUUCUGUCAGGCUAAAGUGGAUGAACAGAUCGAUAUUAGCAGUAAGCUCAAGGCUGCUCUUGACAAGACUGAGCAACAGCUGAAGACCGUUCAUCUCCAGUGGCAACAGGAGAAGUUUUUCCUCACAACACAGCAGCAGAAAAACGGGGACUACCUUCAAUCCCAGGUGCAUCUGAUAGCUUCCUUUCGGGCACAAGAGCAGGAAGCAUUAAAGCAGACGCUGGAAAGACCUCAAGCUUUCCAUCAAGCUCAGAUGAACCAACAGAGAGCGGAGACUAACAGGAUCGCAGCAGCUCUGAAAGAAGCACAGGACCUGCUGGAGACUGAGCGUCUCCACUCUCAUCAGAAAACCAUCACCCAGGAGGAGAUGGAGAUAUACAAGACCUUCUGUCAGGCUACAUUUGAUGAACAUGUAGCCAUCAAUGGUAAGUUCAAGGCUGCUCUUCAUAAGGCUGAACAAGAGCUGAAGAAUGGACAUCUACAGUGGCAAAAAGAGAAGUCUUCUCUCACAGCACAGCUGGUUGAAGCGCAAGCAGAGACCAGGAAGACUACAGAAGCCCUGAAAGAGGCAAAGGACCUGCUGGAGACUGAGCGCCUCCACUCUCAGCAGAAAACUACCACCCAGGAGGAGAUGGAGACGUCCAGAGCAUCCUGUCUGGCUGAACUGGAUGAGCAGAAAAAAGAUAUUAGUAAGCUCAAGGCUGCUCUGGAGAAGGCUGAACAGGAGCUGAAGACUGGAACUCUGCAGUGGGAAGAGGAGAAGUCCUCCCUCAUUGCACAGCUGGAAACAGACUGGGACAAUAACAAUGACCAGCUGAAAACCAUAGCUUCUCUUCAAGCACAGGAGGAGGAGGCUAAGCAGACGCUGGAGAGAUUCCAGUCAGCCCAUCAAGCCCAGCUGGAGGAACGAGGGCGGAGAACAGAACAGUCAACCCUCACGGCACAGCUGGAAACAUCCCAGAGCAACUAUCUUGCACAGCUGGAGACGCAGGACAAAGACAGCAAGAACCUCAUGGCUACUCUCCAGAAGAAAUCUGAAGAUCAACUGGAUAGUGAACGUCUUCUAUGGCAGCAGGAGAAAGCUUCCCUGCUGAAGGACAGGCUGAGAAAGAAAGCCUCCUCUGAGGUUCAGCUUGAGCACCAGAAAAAGAAAAACAACAACCUCUUGGCUGCUGUGAUGAAGACUGAGCAGCAGUUGAAGAGUUGUAGCAUUGAGUGGCAGCAGAAGAAGUCUUCCCUCACAGCCAAGCAGGAAAAAACCUGCAGGGACCUCUAUGCUGCCCAGCUGAUCGUAGCUUCUCUUCAAAAACAGGAGGAGGAGGCUACACAGAAGUUAGAAACAUCCCAGGCUUCCCAUCAAGCCCAGCUGGAGGAACAGAGAGCGGAGACAAACAGGAUCGCAGCAGCUCUGAAAAAGACAGAAGAUCUGUUAGAAACUGAGCGUCUCCGCUUUCAGGAACAGUCAACCCUCACGACACAGCUGGAAACAUCCCAGAAUAACUAUCUUGCCAAGCUGGAGAUGCAAUACAAAGACAACAAAAACCUCAUGGCUACUCUCAAAAACAAAUUUGAAGAUCAGCUAGAGAGAGAACAUCUCCUUUGGCAGCAGGAAAAAUCUUCCUUUGGAGUUCAGCUCGACCAUCAAGAAAAGAAAAACAACGACUUCUUGGCUGCUGUGAUGGAGGCUGAGCAGCAGAUGAAGAGUCGUACCAUCGAGUGGCAGCAGGAGAAGUUAUCCCUCCUUCAGGCCACAGAAAACAUCCAGCAGACGCUGCAGGAGAAGGAACAGGAGCGGCAGACGACCGAGAGCUCCUUGAAGUCCCAGCUCGAAGAUCUUCAGAGCCAGAUCACCAUCAAGCAGAUGAGGAAGAAGUGGUACAAGAAACUCUUCUCAUGCCAGGCUCAACACUGA